AUGAGCAAGCCAAUAAACUCCUAUUCUAUUCCUGAGCUGCGUCAAACGCUGGAUGAGUCGCUUCCUGUUGUAUUCGCAAAGUUGAAUUAUAAGCAGUCGUUUGGCCUUAUUGAUGGAAAACUUUCAAUUGGCUACUUGAUUGCUGUGGUAGCUGCAGCAAGUUUUUUUUUGGAUAAAAAGUUUGCCUACAAGGAAGUAGUAGGUUACCAAACACUAUUGGUAGGCGCAUAUACGAUUCUUUCUAUUGCAUUUUGGUAUUAUACCAAAUAUGUGGAAAAAGGUAUCAAAUACAUCGGUAUUAAAAAGGAUGGAAAUAGGCUGUACGUAAAGACCGACUUCGAAGAUGGUAGGCCUGAGUACCAGGUUGAGUUAAAAAAUGGUAAAGGCGUUGAGCUAAAGAUAGCGUUACCGGUGAAUGAAGUAUUUAAUGAGGCAGGUUAUUUACAAAAUAAUCUUUUCUAUCAAUGGGUUGAGAAGCAGGUCAAAAAUCUUGAAACCAAGAAGACCCAGUGA